UGGGUGCAGUUAACGAUAUGGUCUGACAGCGGCCUGUCAAGAUUCAAGGUUAAGAUUGAGGUUAGAAAUGCGAACUUCCACUGAAUUGUGAAUGUUUUGGUGUUAAAUUAUCGAAUUUUUGACGAAACCCUUGCAGAACUUGCAUUGUAAACGCACAGCAAAACGGCAAUUCUCAUCCGAGCAACAUCACCGCAGUCAAUGAGCGUGGCAAACAGUACCUGUUAAUUCAGAUACGUCGUUGAAAUGCCUCGCAGUAAACGCAAGUUAACGGAAAUGAGUUCAGCGGACGACGACAGAUACGUAUCAAAACGCCUUCGGCACACCAGCGGGCGACGAGCACGCGUCGAGGACACAUCGUUUAGCCCGAAACGCUGUUUGGCCUGGUUUCGGGAGUAUACGACCCCCGUCGAGCCAGAUACGCUCGGCCCCGAAGGAAUGGAGAAGUUCUGCAAGUGUAUUGGGGUCGAGCCCGAGAACGUGGUGAUGUUAGUUUUAGCCUAUAAAAUGCAGGCCCGCCGUAUGGGCUUCUUUACCAAAGACGAGUGGUUGAAGGGGCUCAGCGACCUGCAGUGUGAUACUAUUCAGAAGCUGCAGUUCAAAUUGGAUUUUAUGUGUAGCCUGUUGAAUGACCAAAAUGUUUUCAAGGCGGUUUUUCGAUAUGCCUACGAUUUUGCCAGGGAUAAAGACCAGCGUAGCAUGGAUAUGGAAACUGCGAAAGCGAUGCUCCAGUUGCUGCUAGCGAAGCAGUGGUCGUUGUUCAAACAGUUCGAUGAGUUCCUUGACCAGUCGAAGUACAAAGUGAUCAAUAAGGACCAAUGGUGUAAUAUUCUGGAAUUUUCCCGGACGAUUUUCAACGAUCUUUCGAACUACGACGUGGAUGGCGCUUGGCCGGUGAUGUUGGACGAAUUCGUCGAAUGGUUAAAAUUAGCACGAUCGAAAAGCGAUGUAAUGACUCCUCUCCACUAGAUUAAUCUGUGACCGUUGAGCCCCGUAGAUCCACCAGCAUGCUGUUAAAAUUAAAAUAAAGACACUUGUUUAAA